AUGGAAAGUAUCCACGAUAACCAAUUAGAAGAGGUAUUACCCUAUCAAUUUGAACCCGAACCGGGCUUGAAUGCAAACAAUAGCAGCGAGGAUAGCGACUCAGAUGAGAGUCAAUCAUCAGACGAAGUCGACCAUGCGUUUGAGGUUGAAAAUGCCUGGCGUCUUCACAGUCUCAGUUGGUGUAAAUGUGGGCAUUGCACGUUAAAACCAAAGGCCAUAGAAUCGUUUUGUUGCCAUGAAAAAGCAUUGGAGUACGAGGAGUAUGAUGCGCUCUUAACAGAGGCUGAAGCGCAAGGGGAAAGGUGCUUGACAACGCAUAGCGACUUCAAAGCAAACAUGCUGUCGGAAGGUGUCUUGAAAGUAGACGUUUGCCGCAAUCUUGAGGACAACUGGCCUCUGGAUGACGACGAUUUGAGCAGAAUGCACAAACUGUAUAGACUUGUUGCAUACCAACGAUGUUUGCAUUGGCAAAUAUUGCAAAACAUCGAUAGACUAGGACAGGAACUACAACGAGCCGACAGGAACAACAACAACCGUGCAAAUAAUCCAGAAACUCCAAGUGCCUCAACUCAGAAUACGGCUAGUACCAGCACUGAAGUUUCAAGAAUUUUUAGGGGACCAACUUCUGCAAGUACUAAUGCCUCCCCUGUUUCUGCUCUGUCCACUCAACGAUUACCUGCUGCAUCGAACACAGCUCCACGUUUCAGGCUUCGCCAAAAUUUUCCCCAGACAAACAGAGGCAGGAAAAAAGAUAAGCCAGCUACAGGUCCUUUUACAAAGGAUGUGAUUUUGUUAAGUGGUCCGAAUGAUACUACUGUACCACGCCAAGGUAGCCGUGUAUGGUUAAUGGAACAUCACCAUAUUCUGUGUGGUGUGCAGCUUAGAAAAGAGUGGGAUAGCGAUAAACUGUUGUCAUUUCUUAAACAGUUAUUCCCAUCAAAGCUGAUGGAUUCAGAUGAUGACAAGCAUUACAUACGACCUUCUCGACUAAUCCUGACUAUGGAAAUUGAUGAGCCACUGGCAAAGAAAGAAAAGUUGGAAGAUGAGGCUUUUGAGGAAUUCGCAAUGAAUUCAAUCUGGGAAGAUGACUGUGCAGUCUUUGCAAAUGACCCACCAUCUGGCAUUGAUCAUGUUAUUGUACAGAAAUGCAUUGAUUACUGUCAUGAGAAAAAUAUCGAAGACCCAGUGGAAAUAUUAAGAGUUGCCCAACAAUUUAUUGUAACAGGUCGGAAGUUAGACGUCGUAUCCCUCACUGAAUGUGUAGAGGGAGAGACAAACUAUAUUCUGAUUAACCGCCAAGAUGUGUUGAACAGUGCAAUGGAAGAAAUAAUGCCCUUGAUCAAUCCAAGAUUAACAUUGGAGGUGUCCUUUUAUGGGGAGGCAGCCACAGACUAUGGUGGGCCGAGGAGAGAAUUUUUUCGGCUGUGUAUGCAGGAAAUCAAAGCUCGAUACUUUGAUGGUGGACUCAAGGAUCAUCUAUUCGCCGACUACACUGUUAUUGGCUUAAUUAUGGCUUUAAGCAUUUUACAAAAUGGCAAUAUUCCAAGGUUCAUUCCUCCAGAUAACCUGCAAGAGCUUUUUUUUUCUGAAAGCCCAUCCCGAUGCUUGCAGAGUCUUCGUAGAGGUUUAGAAAAACUGGGAGUGUAUCAAAUAGGAAAAGCAAUCCCUAGCUUCCUGUAUCUUUUCCAUGAGUCGCCCACUGCAACAUUGUCUAGGAGAAAGCUGAUUCAUAUCCUUUCUCCUAGCUUUUCUGAGGAAGGGUCAAAUGCCUGUUCAGAUGAGAAUGUGGCCUAUCAGUGCUUUCUCAAAUACUUACAAGCUGCAGCGAGUGGGACAAGGGGCUCCAUAACAUUGGAACACAUAUUGCAAUUUGUUACUGGGGCAGACAUGGAACCUCCACUUGGCUUUGGAUUGUCCCCAACUAUAACCUUUCCACCUGCAGAUGACCCCAGUCCCUGGUCAUUCGUUCUGUCAGCAAACACAUGCACCAACACAUUACAUUUACCAAGAGGUGUAUCAGGAAAGCUUACUCAGCCAGAAGAAUCUGUGCUAUUUGACAUUUAUGAUAUAGCAUUUGCAAAUGCAUAUUUUGGCAGGGCUUAG